CUGGGUUGCUCACUCCUGCUCACCAAUAAUUUUCAUGGUUUUCUCAACUUCGUGUGAAAUGGUGUAUCUAUUUGUUAUCGGAGUGUCGAUCAAAUCUCCACAAAUGAACAAACAAUAACAAGAAUUGUGAAGGAAGUUAAAGGAUUGAAUCCGACCUUUGAUGCUGCUGAUAUACGUGAGGCUGCAUAUCGCUUUUUAAAACAGUCUGAAGAGGAUUCUCUUAAAAGAAAUGGAAUGGCAGAAAGAAAAAAAGUUACUACAAGACGACAGGAACGUGUUACCAGGAAAAAGAGGGAGAGAGAAGGAGCUGUCCUAAAAAAUUCUUCAUUUACUGAAGAACAACGCAAAAAGUGGCUUGGUGUAAUGAAGCGAGACUAUAUGUCAUCAGAGGAGAGUGGGGAUGAUGACUUUAUUGUUCUUCACUCACUUCCAUGGCACAGUGAUUAUGUUAGCUACUAAGAUGUUUUCAAAUAGAACAAAAGCUAAUAGACACUAGAGCCAUGAACCUUAUCCAAAGUAGAGUUAACGAGAC